UAGCAGAGAUAAAAAAAUGGCAUGUUAUGUUCCUUUUAACAGCAGAAAUUUGGACAUAAGCUUCUUCAUAUUAAGACCAACAAUUGUUUGCGCAGAUUCUCUUAUUGAUGCUCUGAAGCAGUUUUCUUCAUACACUGACGGCCUUGGCUGUGUUCAUAGUUCUAUAUUUACUAGUAUUCAUGGGAGCAUGAUUGUAUGGUAUGGGGCUUGGAUGAAGAGGAGUGAUGAGAACAAGCAACUCCUAAUUGCUGCCCUUAUUUCGGUCCUAACAAAUUUGGUCGAAAGCAUGGCCAUAUUAAUCGACCACAGCUUCUUCGAAGCAUACGCGGGAGAAUCGAGAGACGGCUCUCCGGCGGCCAAGUUCUUCACCGGCGACGUGGUGGCGAUGAGCUCGGCCAUCCUGUCCGGCGAGUGCGAAUCCAACGCGUUGAGCUUUGCAUACGCAUUUCUAGCCAUAUUUAAAGACCAGUUUCUCAAAAUGGAAGGCGCAGCGGCCGGCGUUUGCUUCAAGUCGAAAACCAUGCCGAAAAUAGUAGGCCUUGUGGUGUGGAAGUCACUGCACUCGUUCUACACGUACGUUUUAGCCUCGGAUUUUCGAAACCGGAUCCUUCCUUAUUUUGAUGGAUUUGCGGUCGACAUCAAGUAUGAUGUUUUUCGUGUGGCUUAUGUUAGUGCUCAAAAUGGCCUCGAUCAACCACUCCAAGGUGGAUUACAGACAUGAUCAUUUUACUAAUUUGGUCGUAUUUUCCACCCAAUUUUGAUGUGUUUAUGUGAGAAUUAAAAGAUGAACUAAAGCAAGUAAGCAACUAUAUCUCAAUGUGUGAGAGAGAGGUGCAAUCUAUGCCAGUGGUUAAAAUGGCUUCAUAUGCAGAAUUGGAUCAUUGAGGCUGGAAAAAUUGGCUUGAACUGACUUGAGGUAGCUACACCUUGGCCCUUUUGCACUUUUUUCUGUCUUUUUCUAUUAUUUAUCAGCAAACACGUCAAAAAUACCAAAUUGGUACAUGGUUAGAUUUGCUGACAUUAUUAGAUUUUGAUUUGUUAACUCGAAUCGGUGUACUGUAAGGCGAUAUUUAUAAAUUACUAUAGUUUUGAAAAGUAAAUUAAUCAAUACGUAAACUAUAUUUGAAGGCUAUAUAUGUUGCAUUUAUACUACAUAUAUAAUUUAUGCUAAUAAAACAAAUUCAGAAAUAAAAAGUUUAAACUUUACUCGUAAAUUACUUUAUUUUUAUAAAUAAUUCUCCACUAAACA